AUGGAAGCUUCAAGUAGUUCAACUCGUUUAGAUCACUCAAAGAGACACGUUGGGACACAGGCCAGAGCUAAAAUUUUAAAGUGUGAUUUAUGUGGGAAGACCUUCUCUGCAUUAGUAGAAAUAAAAGGCUACCCGUGGACACAAACUGACGAUGAACCUGGUAUUUGUGAUGAUUGUGAAAAGACUUUCAACCAAUCAGGCACCUUACAGAAAAACACGAGGACACACACUGGUAAUAUACGUUAUAAAUGCGAUUUGUGUGAAAAACCCUUCCCACGAUACUAUAACUUGAAGGUACAUAUAAGGAUACACACAGGUUAUAAACCUUAUAAGUGUGAUGUAUGUGGAAAAGCUUUCAUAGAAUUCGCAGUUUUAAGAAAUCACAGGGAUAGACAUACCGGUAAGGUAAGAAGACCUCAUAAAUGUGAAACUUGUGGAAAGUCGUUUCCUGAUACAAGCACCUUAAAGGCCCACCUUAUGAUACAUACAGGUGAGAGACCUUAUAAAUGUGAUGUGUGUGGAAAGGCAUUCAGACAGCCAUGCAUCUUGAAAGUCCACAUGAGGAUACACACAGGUGAUAAACCUUAUACCUGUGAGGUGUGUAGAAGGUCAUUUAGUCACUCAGGGCACUUAACAAUCCACAAGAGGCUACAUACAGGUGAAAAACCUUACAAAUGUGAGAUUUGUGGAAAGGGUUAUCGUGCCCGAGACCAACUUAAGGAUCAUUUGUUGAUACAUACAAGUGACGAAGUUUUUCAAUGCGAUGUGUGUUUAAAGACAUUCGGGAAUUCAAAACUUUUAAAAACACAUAUGAGGAGGCAUAAAGAUGACAGACCUCAUAGAUGUGAUGUAUGUGGAAAAGCUUUCAUUUAUCCAGGAGAAUUACGAAGACACAUGAGUGUACAUACUGAUGAUAAACCGUAUAAAUGUGAUCAGUGUUGGAAGACUUUUGGUGAUUCGAGUGCCUUAAAGAAUCACAUGAUGAUUCACAGGGGGGAUAAAUCGUAUAUAUGUGAAGUGUGUGGGAAAACAUAUUACUAUUAUCAAACCUUAAAGAAGCACAUGAUGAAACAUACGGGUGAAAUAUGUCAAUAA